ACUGUCAAAAGCACGCGUCCAUAUCGCGAGUCUCGAUAUUCCACGUAAUUUUAGCCCCAGCAAACUAUUUUAUUCACAUUUAAAGGCUUGAAAUAAAUCAAUAUCCUUACAGCUUUCAUUCAAACAAUAUUUCAGUUAGUUUCACCAGUAAAUCGUCAAAAUGGCGCGCGGGAAAGACAAAAAGAAACGUAAGCUAGAGAAGAAACAAGAAGGUGACGAUGUGCCGAAGAAGGUGCCGCACACCCUGGAGUCCCUCCGUGAGAAAGAUGAGACCAUGCUGGUGCAUGCGGAGGCCGAGGAACAGGAGGAGGUUCAAAAGGACAUGGAACUGGACGAGCUAUCAUCUUACUACCAGAACGCGUACGAGCCGAAAGUCCUCAUAACUUACUCUGACAACCCGCACACCAAGACACGCAUCUUUGGCCGCGAGCUGGUGCGGAUCAUACCCAACUCGGUGUCACGGUAUAGACAGAGGUCUUCAAUAAAGAGGAUAGUCCAGUCAGCCAUACGCGAAGAUGUCACGGACGUGAUCAUAGUGAACGAGAACCAAAAGCAGCCCAACGGGUUCCUGCUCAUCCACCUCCCCGACGGACCGACCGCCCACUUCAGGCUGUCCAGCUGUAAGAUCACCCCGGAGCUCAGGAAGGACUAUAAGGAGAUCACGACACAUCGGCCGGAGGUGAUCCUGAACAACUUCAGCACGCGGCUCGGCAUGACCGUGGGCCGCAUGCUGGGCGCGCUGUUCCACCACGAGCCGGAGUUCCGCGGCCGCCGCGCCGUCACCUUCCACAACCAGCGGGACUACAUAUUCUUCAGGCACCAUAGGUACGAAUUCACAAAGGACGGCAAGCGAGCGCGGCUCUGCGAGCUCGGACCGCGGUUCACGCUGCGCCUGAUAUCGCUGCAGCAGGGCACCUUCGACUCCAAGAAGGGAGACUACGAGUGGAUAAUCGCCGGCCGGAGACACCAGCUCGAGACCUCCAGGAGGAGGUUCUUCCUUUAGUUCGUGAUACCUACGUGUUUCGGUGUGGAAAGUUUUAGUGGGCUUCAUAAGGGGGAGUUCGGCCGCAGAUUGGACGCGAGCGGCAAAUCUAGGCCGUUCAUACAUUUGGUCGAGCGCAAUGUAUGAGUGGGCUUGGUUUGCCGCGCGCCGCACGGGUCCAGUCUGCGGCCUCACACAGGCGGGUCAAUGUACGAAAUUAUUCGUGCUUAACGUCCUUACUUUAGUAAUGACAUUCUGUUGGUGGCUUCAAAUUGUUGUAAGAUAAGAGACUCGUGUUAUGUACCUAGUUUAUUUAAGGUUAUUUUAAAUAUAAAUACGGAGUUUGAUA